GUGAUGUAAGCAAGUGAGUAAUUACCAAAACACAAAUUAAUUAUUAAAUUGUAUUGGGUACACUAGUUAACCAUUGCUACUAAUUAUGAUAGGUGAUUGCCAUUUUUUAUUGUAUUAAAAGAGGAAGAAAAUUGAAAUUUGAUUAUUUGUGUUCAAAUACGUACAUCUUUAAAAUUAACUUCUAUUGCAACUCAUUCAGACUAGCAGACAGAAAUAGUUAACGCGAUAUUAUUUUAACGUAAAAUUAACUAAAAUCCUCGUUACAGGCAAUAUUGCCCAUUGCGGGAGUAUAGCCUGUGCCGCGAGAUUUCAGUGCUUACAGCAAGUAUGAUGACUGACCAGGGCUAGCCAAAAUACAAGAUAGGCAUCUAAGGAGAUUAAACACUGCAUAAAUCCGCUACACGAUAAGCAGCGUGCUGCUUAUCGUGUAGCGGAUACGACUGUGAUACGACGUGUGCUGGUCGUUAUCGCUAUUUUCUUUUUGUUUUGACUUUGACGAUAUGAUCAAGUCCAUAUUUGGAUGCCGAACGUUAUUCUUCUCUGAGAAACGUGCCACAAUUCUAUCGGUAUUGUUGUUGUGGCAACAAAGUGCGUCCUCGUAUUCCGGUUUCCUAAAGGUCAUGGUCGCCAUUGUAAGGAUGUUACCUUCUGGUUGGUUGUCAUCAGUGGGGUUAUAUUGUGUUCAUCUAGUGAGUCUCUUACUUUGUCUAAGUGCACUGCCAUCCGUCAGUCUGGGUCUCACUCCCGAAUGCAAAGAGUAUUUGAAGGAUGUUGCCCAAAGCAGUUCAGGAUUUGAGGUAUGCGCAUUGCUUUGCGCGCGACCUUUUAGAGUUUGUAGUUCCUGUUUCGAUGACUACGCUUUUGCUCAUAACAUGUUCGUCAAUCUUAAAAGCGGUCGUGGACAAGUGGAGAAGAACUGUAGCGAAGACCUUGUUUCGGGAGACCGGGUGUCAAUUAUAAACCGAGCCUUCACUUAUGUCACGGAGACCUGGGAAUCAGGGAACUGCGAUAAUUGUUUAGUGGUGUCAAAAAGUGACGACAUAGUGCACUUCAAAGUUGCUGAGUUUGCGAAGGAAUUCCAGACACGCGCCGAGCAGGUGUUCAAGUGUAUUGAUUCGCAUAUUAAAAAUGAGAGUCGAAUAUGUACAGAUUGUUUAUCGUCAUUUAGUAACCUGUCGAAUUUUUACCAUGGACUCGUAAAAAAGUAUGAGGAAAAAUUGUGUAUGGACAUUAUCGACAUCAUGAACACAACACGGGUGAAAUGGUCAGAUUACGGCUGCUCGCAUGUCUACGGCCUUGAACCCGAAGUCUGCCUGUACGCUUGGGCUAUGGUUAUUAUAACAAUUGUAUUUUACUUUUUCGCCAGAUUUUCGCAAAAGCCAAGAGAUGCUGAAAUUUUAGAAGGACGAACUAUGCGGGAGCACAUAUCAAAAAUGUCCGUAGAUUCAAACUCGUUCCGGGAUCAACAGGAGUUAAUACCGCACUUACAGCCUCUAUUUACUAUUUCGUGAGACACACCGUCUUUAAUAUGUCUCAGCUAUUCGUCAGCAACGCUCCUUCAUUAUUGCUCAAUUAUUCAAUUGCUGCUCGCAUUGUCUGCAACUCAUUCCAGUGGUAGCUAUAACUAAAUUACAUUCCAUCCAGCGUAAUUGUAUAAAGGAAAAUGAAAUCGGCGAGUUUCUGGUUUAGCAUUGUAUCGCUUACCUUUUUCUAUACUUACGUUUGUUUAGAUUAAAAAUAACUAAAAUGAUUCGUGUUUCGCUAUAUUCUCUUCUUUAUCACUAUAUUUAUACAUGGAGACAAAAUGCUACCUAAAUUUCUGCAAGACUGCAUUUCUGCAUAAAUGCAGUUGCAUUUAUGAGGUAACAAGGUACGAUGUAAAUGUCAAGUUGCUUUUAACGGUUAUACCAAAAUUACGUUGCAGAUAGGCAAACCAAAAAUUUUCAUUGAUCAAGUUAAUGUCCAUCUAAUUCUACUACAUAAAGCUGUAAUGUCGUUCAAGAUGACAGAUGGAGAACAAGAAGUAGAAAAGAAAAAUCUAUUAACUGAGAGCGAUUGUUUUCUAAAAAUAUUAGACAUCGACUGCGUAAAUCUUUAUCAUUGUAUAUAUAUAUAUAUAUAUAAUAGUUGUAUAAUAUUACUAUGAUUAUAUUAUCUUACUUACCGUUUUUCGUUACUCAUAUAGUUACGCCUUAUAACACUAAUGUAACCUCGUUUAUUCUCUUUGUGUUGAUUCAUGAGUAGGCAGUAAAAACAGCAAAAAAAGUUUGAAAGAGUGAUUUACCGCACGAGUUUCAAUGUUUUUAGAAACUUAGAUAUGAGAUUGCAAAGUGAAAAAUACAGUAUAAAUAUAAACCUA